AUGCUAUGUAUUUCUAGGCUUCUUGCAGGUGUGCUGACAGCCGCCUCACUGGUCGUUGGUGGUCAAUGGACUGAUGACGCGUAUGACGUGACGACUGUGAAAUCGAAGCCAAAGGGACAAUGGCAGCCAGAUGCCAUGAGUCUCGAGUUCACGGUAAUAGUGAUGCCAGACACACAAUAUCUUUUUGAUGAGAACCGAAUUCAUCCAGUGCCUAUGGAAGCGUCGUUCGAGUACAUUGUCUCGCCGAACCGGAGCGAAGCCGACAAAAACAUUGUGUUUGUGUCACACCUAGGGGAUGUGGCGCAGAAUGGCUUGGCCAAAGAGUAUGCUGCUGUCACAAAGCUAUUUGACUACAUGGACGAAUCAGGCGUAGAGUACAGUGUGCUGGCAGGCAAUCAUGACAUUGACUCCAGCACAGAUGACCAGCGUGGCCCAACACCCUACUUGGAUGUUUUCAACCCAAAACGGUUUUCGAAAAUCCGUUCUUGGCGCGGAUCUUCGUCUGACGGCUACAACAACUACCACGUAUUCCACGCGGGGGGUCGCGAGUGGCUCGUUCUUGCGCUUGACUGGCGCAUGUCGUCUGGCACGUUCAAGUGGGCCUCUGACGUGUUGCGGAAGCAUGCAGACCUGCCAACGAUCCUCACGACGCACGAACUUGUUACGGCCGAUAGCGGCAAAACAGAGUUUAGUGAGUAUGGCGAACGAGUGUGGAAUGAGCUCGUGAGAGACAACGACCAGAUUUUCUUGACGCUCAAUGGUCAUUUUUGGCCGCCAGGUCGGACGACUCGGAAAAAUGCAGCAGGACGUGAUGUUGAAUCACACAUCACUAACUACCAAAAUCGGUAUUAUGGUGGUGCAGGUAUGAUUCGUGCGUACCGCUUCAAUAUGAAGGAAAACAAGAUUGAUGUCGCGACAUUCUCACCAUGGAUUCAAAACCUUGUGCAGCGCGGUGAGGCGAACAAGCUCGCCAAGCAAGAAGAAGAGCUUACCUCUGCUGAUGAUAAGUUUACUAUGCACAUAAACUUUGCUGAAAGGUUCGAGCAUCUCGGCAAAUCGAAGCGUGAAAACAAGAACGGCAAUGAUGCGGUUAUUCCAGGUACACUGGCGUACUGGCGCUUCGACGGAAGUGCCCAUAGUAGCAACAGCAGUGGCAGUAGCCCUGGAUCAGCUUUGGCAGAGUUUGACAUCAUUAAGGACUUAUCAGGACAUGGAAAUGACCUUGUCACCAAGUCAGCGAAUGCAUCUUCACAACACACAAUCCUCUGGUCAGAUCAGCAUCAUCCGUCGCAACCAGGAUAUGGUUCGCUGAAAUUCACUGGUCAAAAGAAGCCAUUAAAGGGAAUGUACCUGCAGACGCUUAAGCAGGCGCCACUGAAUUCGGAGACGUUCGAGAAUGGGUACACAUUUGAGGCAUUUUACCUCGUUCCGAGUUCAUGGAACUCGGAGCAGAAUGCAUGGAGUGGGAUCUUCAGUCGCCGCGGUUCAGCGGGUGAGGCCAACAAGCAUUCGAAUGAUACUGAUUCUGACGAGCCUAUUGUGACGCUGAGUCUUUCGAAUGAUCGUGAGCUCCAGUGGCGUGUCUAUCCGCUACAUCAAGAUGGUGGUACGACGAACUGGGGUCAUGAGACGCCCUUCGAUCGUUGGUGGCAUGUGGCUGUAAUCAAUAAUGGCACGCUAACAAAAAUGUAUGUGGAUGGAAGUGAAGUCGCACGGAAUCCAACACAGUGGGUGCCCGGUCUAACGACUCUCAAUAAGCCUUGGAUGCUUGGCGGCUUUGAGUACGGCGGCAAACUAGACCAAAUAUUUUUCGGGAGCAUCGGUGAUGUACGCAUCGUCAAUCGUGCACUCUCGCUGGACGAACUUAUGUUCCAAGAAAACCAGUAA